GUUUGAGCACGAGCCUCCAAAUGCCAAUGUCAUAGGCCUGUUAGCCUACUGCCUGCUCUGCACAAAUUCAGUUUUCACUCAAUAUGAAGACAUCUACAGCUGCGGAUUUAGAUAAGCUUGUCAAAGAUUUUUCUCAACUAGAACAGAAAAUAACAGAUCUGAGGAGUAAGAAUAGCAUUUUUGAAAUGAAACUGGAGGAGACAAACCGAUUUUUGAAGUUUUCUCAAUCAAAGGAAAAACAUUUGACCGAAGACAGAAAUGGGUUACUUGGGACAAUUCAGGGGCUUCAGCAAACCCUUCAACAACAGUGUGAUUUGAGAGUGGAAAAUGAAAAGUUUAAAAAGUCCUUGCUUGACAUGAAGAAGGAAAAUGAAAACGUUGUAGAGGAUUUCCAUGCUCAGAUUGAGGGGCUUCAAGCUGAGAUUGCAGUUCUACAAGAAGACCACCAGAGAGAGCUAGAGGAAGCCCAACAGGAGACCCAGAGAAUAUUGGAGGAGAAAGAGCGAGCUAUUAAAGAAGUCAUUGAGAAGAAAGAGUGUGAGGAGGAGGAGCUGAGGAGGAAGAUCCGAGACCAGGACAAAGAAAAACAGAGUGAAAUAAUUAAAUUACAAAUGGAGUUCAGUGCCAAGCUAGCAAGGGCCCAGAGCACAGCGGUGAAGCCCCAGCAGACUCAGGGUUCCAGUCUUGCAUCUCAAAACAUCUUCAAGAGGAAGCUGCAGUUCAUGCAGGAAGAAAAGAAUCGUGAAAUUGAGGCCUUGCGCCAAAAAGUCAAAGAACUGGAGCAGCAACAGUUCACCAGCUUCGCCGAGUCACGUCUUAAAAGAAGGAAGAUGUAACAGGCUUGUCAUAAACC